AUGGGCAACGAGCAAUCUAUGGAGGAGAAUGCCUCUGUCCGGAUCGCCAACCAGACCGAAAUUCCGCUUGUUUACGUGCUCUCUAUGCCCGGGCCUCUCUACUGGGGUGUUCUACAACCCGGCGAGCGAGUUACACGUCAGACGGGACGGGUCUGGUUCACCGUAACCUGCUACCCCUACGACGGCCACAAUGAACCCAGCGAAGAACAAAGGAUUCUCGGAAUCCUCAUUCCAACGGCCGCAGCCAUUAUUUUGGCAGCUACAGGCGGUGCUGCAUUCGCAGCGGCCACUCCAGUAGCGGGAACGGCGGCAGCCGCUUUGGCCCCACUAACGACGAGUGCAAUGGUGAACGCUGCUGCUGCUGUGGCAGGAGCAGCAGGGACAGUGGGAGGCAUAGCACACUCAUUGCAGAAGGAAUUCGUCGACGCAGCCACGCGGUGCUUGAACAAGGUGGAAAAAACCGGUCACUACGCAAACGGGGAUUGGAUUCAUGUCCGAGGAGGGAUCAAGCAUAAUGAGCCAUAUUCGGCGUGGAAGCCGAUGCGAUUCGAGGGCUAA